AUCUUUGCGAAAUAAUAAUAAAGAUAUUCUCACUAAUCCAGACCUUUGUUAUGAAAAUAUUGCAAGAUUUAAACGUUUAAUUGAUAGUAUUCAAUAUAAUAGUCUAAUAGCGACUAUGACAGAUAGUACAAAGUUAAAACUAUGCUUAAGAUAUUCAUCACAACUUGGAUGUAUUGUUGGCUUAAUUUUGUCUAAUGAUUAA